GCUGCUGCCCUGGGAUCCCCAUCCACAGCCUCCACAGCCACAGCCUCCUCCUGCAUCCUCUGCACCAGGCUCGCUGACUCCCGUGGAGAUGUCCUUCCAGCAGAACCAGCAGCAGUGCCAGCCCCCUCCCAAGUGCCCCUCACCCAAGUGCCCCUCACCCAAGAGCCCAGCACAGUGCCUGCCUGCGGCCUCUGGCUGCGCUGCGAGCUCCGGGGGCUGUGCUGGCCCCAGCUCUGAGGGCGGCUGCUUCCUGAGCCACCACAGGCACCACAGGUCCCACCGGUGCCGCCGCCAGAGCUCCGACUCCUGCGAUGGUGGCCGUGGUCAGCAUGGGGGCCCUGGCUGUGGCCACAGCCCUGGGGGCUGCUGCUGACCUGGAUCCUGAUGCCGAGACAAGGGA